AAGCAAAGUGUUUUUGGAGAUUACGACAAUUAUGAUGAAUUAGACGACGUGAUAAGAAAAGGACCUAGAAAACAACAGGAACCAUCCAAUUACAAAAAACUGAUGCAAAUUCCAGGGAAUCUUGUCCGUGAAGGGAAAAACAUUACAAACUUCGACAGGAAAAUGUUGGAAAUUCUGUCGCCACGCUUCUUUUCUGUCGUUCCUGAUGAAGAUGAUGAAGAAAAGGUAAGAAGUUCACGUCCAACUGGAUAA